CCACUGUGAAAAAGAUGAUGGAGCUUCUUAAAGGGUGGCAGCCAUACGUAUAUGUAUGCAAAAGAAACUUCAGGAAACUGAUGGUUUAUCCACCCUACCCAUCAUUUCCGACUGUUUCUAACAAUGCACUCACUGGAAGUGGUUGGCUCUGCAAGGGCAUGCACAUGGACUGUGUGAUCAACAAUAAUAGAAGAAACAUAUACCAUAUGCAUCAGUGUAAACCUUUGCUAUAUAGAAGUUGGUGUUCCAACCGAUAUCUAAAGCAACUCCAUGUGCAAUGUAACCAUUUCUGUGAAAUAAUUCAUGGAAAGGAGUAUAGAGGCGAUUCACGUUCCGUCUCAGAGACACAAUUGUUGGGGUCCAACUUUGAAGAUAGCACUGAAUUGGAAACUUCAAAGCUGUAUCCAGAUGAUGAAGAUCUUCUCCUUCAGAAAAUCAAUUGUGCAUGUUCGGUUGAAGACAUAUACAAGGUUCUUAAAAAUAACUGGCAUGUACUGAGUAGUCGUCAUCUAUGCCAAGCUGUUACAAACCUGUGGGAACUACAGAAGGUCUAUGGAAGUUAUGCUGAGGACAUGGUAGAGAUGCAUUGCCAAGCUAUUUUGUCAAACCCCAUGUUCUCCGAAUUGUGUGAAAGAUUAGAGAGUCAGUCCUCCUAUAUGGAUGAUAAAGGACUUGUUUGCUUAUUGAUGUACCUACUCAAGAUUGGUGCAGAACAAUCAUCAACUUUAGUUAGAAGCUUGCUAAUGGAGUGUCAGUCACGAUGCCUUACCAUGGAGCCUAAUGUUCUGUCUAGGUACUCGGUAGCUUUAUCAGAGUUCGACGUUGCUCCUCUGCACCUCCUCGGUCAGGUUGCAGAUGUCGUGAAUCGACAGCUCGCCGCGGCGGACGCCAACGACCUGUUUCUCUACGCCGUCUGCCUGGAGAACGCUCACGUAACCGCAUCCGAUGGCUUGAAGGCGCGCUUCCUUCGCCGUGUGUGGCCGUACGUCGAGAACCGCUCGGCGCCGCUGUUCACCGUUCUGCGCUGUCUGGACAUCGGUCAGUCGAUGGCCAGCGUCGACACGCAGGUCAGCAACGAGGUGCUCCGCUUCCUGCUGGCUAACGUCGACUCGGUGAGCUCGGUGGCGCUGUCGCGCGUCGGCGUCAUGUUCAGGGAGCAGGGCCUCCUGCAGAGGGAGCUGGUGGACGAGCUGAGCGAGCGCGCGGUGGUGCUGCUCGAUCGCUGCUGCUCGCCGCUCGAGAGCGUCAGUCUGCUACCAGCACUGACACGCUCCAAGCACGCAGAGACACACGCACGCGUCGAACAACUGCUGCUCAGAAACAUCCCAGAGUUCAAGAUGCCAGUUCUUAUCCGAAUCGCAGGCGUGAUUACAGAUCUACAGAUAUCAAGCGAAAAGGUUCUAGAUGACUUGUGUGAACAGAUAAUAAAACUAGUCACGGACCAAUCUCCAAUCAACAAUUAUGAAAUUCCGGAUAAGCAUCUCACGAGACUUUGCAACUGCUUUGUGCAUCUGUCAAAGUGGCCUCAUCUUUAUCGAAACAGAGAGCUGGAAAUUGUCCUACAUGAUCUACUGGUGCCUCAACUAAAAAGAAAACUAGGGUUGCAACCUUGGUCCGUGGCAAUGAUAGCACAGUACAUGAUAACAUUGAACAUAGGUCCUUUGCCUGAGGUCAUACUGGAACGAAUAGCUGCUAUGGCUUAUCAGUUCAAUGUGCGGCAGAUUGGCUACAUUGUUUCAGGUUUCGAAACGGUGCACCGCGUGCGUUCGCAGAGUCGCCUGCUACUGAGUCAGCUCUCCAUUGUGAGUCGUCUGCUACACAGAAGCUUGCUCCAGCAGCUCAGCCACAUCGAAAGCUUGUCCACGCUGAACCAAACGCUGUCACAGGUGGUGCUGCACAACCAAGACGUCGAUGACAACCUGCUGUGCGAACUUAUGGACCAAUACUCGAGAUUCCUCGAUGACUUUCAACCGCAUCACAUGCUCACCACAGCCAGGCUGAUCCUCAAGACUCGUUACCACACGCCAGAGCUUGCAACCAGGCUGUGUCGCUGCGUGGCCGAGAACCGAACGGAAAUCGGUCGUGCAUUUACAAUGGUGCUGUACGCUUGCUAUCUCACAAACACAACGCCAAGCCACGAGGCUCUCGCCAUGUUCUCUGAGGUGCUGCUGGCGAACACAGGCCAGCUGACCACGACAGAUAUCUUAAAUGCUGCACUGUCACUGAGCCUGUUCCAGAGCCUGUCGAAGUCUGUCGUCGAUUCCAUCUUCCAGCUCGAAUUUCUGGAGGCCAUCGACAGGGAAAUAGAAGAGAGCAGGUCUUUGGCCUUUACGAAUCGUCUGAGGAGCAAACUAAUGCAGUUGAACCGCAUUGUGUGUCUUGACUACCCGGAGUAUGGCGUGCCGUGGUUCCAUGAGCAGUACUGCAAUGAUUCUGUGAUAAAAGCUAGUCCCGAGAGCCACAUGUUUGCUGACGUAACGGCUGCGCUCUCAGAUGUAAUUGGUGGGGCAGAAUACUUGCAGCAGCAUGUGUACACACCAUAUUACUACCAUCUAGACCUGGAGUGCAUCCUCAAUGGUGAACACUCACCGAUAUCCUGCAAGCAAGUCGGUUUAAAAUCGUGGGACCUCGAUACGCAUCUAAAAGAAGCACUGCCAGCCGACGCACAGAGGUUAGCAAUAUGCAUUCAUCCCCCGCACUCGUUCUGCAUCAACGUUAGGGUUCUGCUUGGAGGAGAGGUAGUGAGGACGAGACAUCUCGAGAUAAUGGGCUAUAAGGUUGUGCACAUACCUCACUUUGAAUGGAACUCAAUGCACCUCAGUGACCAGGCAGCAAAGAUGAACUACUUGCACAACAAGAUAUUUUCGUGACAUCCAGGAGAUAUAUUACGGUUCAUUGUUUUGAAAAUUUUGCAAGCUAUAACAGAAUGGCAACAUGAUUGGCAAAACCUCGAUCAUCAUCAUUCACAUACACUGCAAUCUCUUUUUUUAAUGCAGAGUAAUUCCUUAGGUAAAAGCAGUAUUGAUAGUACUAUUUUGCACCAAACACUUUAGAUGUCUUGAAAUUAUUCAUCUGGGUUAAACGUAUCUGUUUGCAACUAAUGUAAAAAUGCAAUCAUAACAUAUGGUGCUUAAUUAAUGACCAUAAUCCUAAUCUAGGAAGUUUUGUAGAUUUUAAAUGUUAAAUCAUGAGAAUACAGUAUUAAUCAUUGUGUUUUGUAUAAUGUAAAGAUUAAAUCUUGUUUUUUUAAUGAAA